AUGGCUUCGUCUAGUAAGUCAACUGGGCGAUACGCCUGCUCUGUUCUGCUCCUGGUUGCGUGUGCAUUCAAUCUACUGGUAUCUCGCUGCGGAGCUUCAGAUGUCACCUCCUACUCGACGACUGAACAAGUUCAGAGAACGGAUCUAACUAUCGUCCAGGUUAAGAGGAACCUGAGGGCGUAUUUCGAAGAAACCGAGCGUCUGGACGAUGAAGACCUGGAAAACCGAGUCACUCUAUCCGGCAUUGAAAAGCUGAAAGGUCUGGCCGAGGCGAUUCGCCGUUCAGCCAAUUGUAGACGGGGCGGGGAAGAUCUCUGCAGUCACACAGAAUCUCGUCAAGAAAAAAUGCACCGAAGAGAAAGUGUCCCAGCUCUUCUCCAAGUUUAA